AUGAAAUUGGCAAAGGUUUAUGAGACCGAUUUGAUUGUUGGAGUGAUUAUUGAAAAUCUUCAAAGCAAACAAACUUUAUUUGAGACUCUAGAUGAAGUUCUCAACUCAAAUGGUAUGUUGACUGCUCAUACAAGUAUCAUCAAAUUGAGUGAAAGUUCAAAAGUGAUCAGUCAAGAAAAACAAAGUCAAGUUGCUGGUUUACAAUCCUUGAAACCAUUCCUGCAAGGGCAAUGUGCAAUGCAAAAUCGGAUUCAAGUCCUUGAACACGACGUCAAAUUCGAAAUUGAAAGCGAAACCAUCGGAUUCGAACGCGAAUUCGAACGCAAAAGUGAAUUCCAACGCGAAGUCGAAUUCGGAUGCAAUACUGGAUGUCAAUGUGAAAUCCAAAUGAAAACUAUCCAAUGGUCUCACUUAAGAAGUGUUGAAUUGAACUUCAUCUCCACACCUGCGACUUUGACAGCAACGUUCGAAUACAAGGACUCAACAAAAUUGGAGAAUCACUAUGUAGGAAUUCAACUUGCAUACGGAAUCAGGAUUGAAUCCAAAUUCGAAUGCGAAAUCAAAAUGUAA